GCAAGAACGCCGAUUUGUCCGCGCGAUCACUUCGACAAUGUCUGCGCGUCGUGAUUGUCACCGGUGUCUACCGCGUUGCGUCCUCCUGACACUUCUCGUCGCCUCCUGCGCGGCUCGAGAGAUCUGCGACAAAACGAAGUGCCCGGGCCCGCUGAAGUUUUACCGGGAACUCGACUGUACGCCGGUGUACAAAAAUCCCAACGAUUGCUGUCCCGAAGCGUUCAACUGUAGCUACUUGGACAAUUUGUCGAGGGACAAGUGUUACGUAAAUGGCCACGAAUACAAUCUAGGCGAACAGUUGAGGGACGAGGACAAGAAUCCUUGCGACCUAGGUUGCACGUGUUCCAAAGGAUAUAGUGGCCGAGCAGCUUCGUUUAUUUGCGCCGCGGUCGACUGCGGAUAUUACCCUCAAGAAGAGAAUUGUUUCCAAAGACAUUCGUACGACAGCUGUUGUCCAGGACCGCCGGUUUGCUUGAAGGAGGGUGAAACGAGAGCGACUUGCGAGGUGGAUGGCGUAACUUACAACGACGGGGAUACCUUUAAACCAAAGUCCGAUCCGGAUCUCGAUUGCACUUGCUUGCCGAACUACAAAGGUGAGAAUAUCAAGCCUUUCUGCACGAAACCGAAACACGGAUACUGCGACCCUCUCUUCCGACACGCCGACGACAUACACGAGAAAUGCGCGCCGGUCUUUUAUAGCAAUCAAAACCCACAAACGGAUUGCAGUUACUCUUCUAGAUGUCACAGUGAGAAUGACACUAUCGUUCACAAUCACGAUGGCAAAUCUGUAUCCGAGACAGAUAAGAGUAAAAUGUGCGUAUUUGGCAACAUGACGAUGCACAUUGGCGACGUAUUGAACGAAGGAGACACUUACAGCUCGAUCUGCGUAAAAUGCACAUGCGAGGUUCCACCGUUCCCAACGUGCGUGCAACAGAUCGACUGCGAUUACUCGAGGGUCAAACAACCCUAAUCCCAGCCGAUACUUAAUACCCCAAGACCCCAUCGAUUGCGAACUGCCGAUAGCAGUUGACGAUGACUUUUGGAGGAGCAACACAUCUUCGGAAAACGACAAAGAAUACUUGUGAUUUAAUCAGUUGUACUUUAGUUUAGUCAACGAAAUACAUAGUUAGCAAUGUUGUAGAUAGGUAUACUUUUCAAAUAUUUUCAGAUAUACUUAAGAUGUUUAAUAAAUCUUUUUUUUUGCGCA